AUGCGGCAUUAUAUUAAAAUAGUGUUAUUAUUGGCAUUUGCCGUGUGUUCAAAUUGCUAUUUUGAAAAUCAACCAAAAAUCAUCUCCAACGACGGACACCUGGUUAUCGAAUCCGCUGUGGAUAGAAACAUUUCCAUCUUGUUGAAGGGCAAUGGCUUUCUGAACGUCGGUGAUCUCAGCCUGGGCAAAAUGAUUCAAAGUCUUGCCAACACGUCAACGAGUCCUGCUGUUGAUACGAACAUCGUCGGUGAUUCAUCCCAGCUUCAGUAUUUGAUGAACGUGGUGCGAGGUCCUUUCGGUUUACUUAAACGCAUUAGUGCUUUGGAAAAUGGAACCUUUGAAUCCGAUGGAACAAGGGCUCGUGGCCGUCUUAAUAAUAUUAACCGUCGUUUGAUGGCAUUAGAGCGCAAGGUCGGUAAUCUCAUGACCAAACUCCGCGAGAACAACUGCAAAACUAGUCCUUGCCAGAAUGGUGGAACAUGCAUAAGCCUCUUUGACUCAUUCGUGUGUCAGUGUCCGAGAAAUUGGGAGGGCACGACGUGUGCUAUGGAUGUGAAUGAGUGUGCAGAGUUCGCUGGCACUGAUCUAGGCUGUCAAAACGGGGCUACCUGUAAGAACACUCCGGGAAGUUACAGUUGCAUAUGUGCCGGUGGGUGGCAAGGAAUUCACUGCAACAGUCGGACCCAGGACUGCAUGUCAUCCGGUAGUGAGCUUUGCGGACACGGAACCUGUGUUCAGACUAAGGAAGAACCUGGCUAUAGAUGCAUCUGUGAACAGGGUUGGAAAACAAAUGGUGUGACACCGGCUUGUAUGACGGAUAUUGAUGAGUGUUCCGAAUCUAGACCACAUUGUUCCAAAGAUCCUGAAGUGAGUUGUAUAAACCUUCCUGGAUCGUUCAUCUGUGGUGGUUGCCCUCCGGGAUAUACCGGGAACGGGUUUUACUGCGUAGACAUUGACGAGUGUCAAACAAACAAUGGGGGAUGCAGUACUUCUCCUUCAGUAACCUGCAUCAAUUUGAAGGGAUCGUUUAAAUGUGGAAACUGUCCACCGGAUUACACUGGCGACGGCAAAACAUGUCUAGCGAGAAGUAGUAGAUGUACUCCAGGAUUGUGUCACCCAUUAGCUCGAUGUGUUGAUUACUCAAGUGGAGUUAUAUCUUGCGUAUGCCCGCCGGAGUACCAUGGAUCGGGAUAUGGACCAUCCGGAUGCAUAAGGUCCCCAAUGAAUCCAUGUAUCUUUAACCCUUGCAAGAAUGGUGGCACUUGUACUGCUAUUGGACACAAUUACACCUGCAGCUGCCCACAGGGGACUGCUCCUCCGAAUUGCGCCAGAUUGACAUCACCUUGUGUACCUAACCCUUGUCUGAAUGGUGGUUCAUGCACUCCAUUUUUGGAUCGUUAUUUAUGCUAUUGUACAGCAGCCUAUACCGGAUUGCGAUGCCAAGGAACCUCGCGGGCCUGCGGGGGUAUUCUAGACUCUUUCUCCGGAACUCUAAAGUACCCGUUGGACAAUGGAACCUAUAAUCACAAUGCUAGAUGCGCUUGGCUAAUUAAAACUAAUCACACAAAAAUUUUAAACGUAACUUUCACACAGUUUCAUCUGGAAGGAUCCAUAUCUACUGGUGAAUGUAAAUUCGACUGGUUACAGAUCCACGAUGGAAAAACUUCUGCAGCGUACAAUCUCGGUCGAUUUUGUGGAGAAGCUUUACCAAAUGGAGGUAACCUGCUAUCCACACACAACUUUCUCUAUCUUUGGUUCCGAUCAGAUAACAGCACAUCACACGAUGGAUUCGAACUUAACUGGAAUAGUAUCGAUCCGAUGUGUGGCGGGGAGAUUACAGUCCAGAGUCACGGAGUAAUUUCUUCUCCUGGUGCUCACGAUAGAUAUCCACCAAAUCGCGAUUGUAAAUGGUAUCUUACUGCGAACCAGGGAAAACGUUUACAGUUUCACUUCUUCAUAAUGAAACUCGAAAUUCACGAUAGCUGUGAGUACGACUUUGUUCAAAUCAGCGACGGUCUUCAGGAUGAGUCUCCUGUACUAGCAAAAUUCUGUACCACUUCGCAUCCGGAACCACUGGUUACUCCCAGCAAUGAAGCAACCGUUUACUUUCACUCGGAUGGAGACGGUAGCGAUGCCGGUUUUCAAAUGAGUUAUUCGGUAAUUGAAGGAGUUCCUGAGUGUGGAGGAAUUUUUACGAAAACAGAAGGUGAAAUCAGUUCCCCAAGACGCUACGAAGAUAACUUAUAUCCGCAUAAUUUGAAUUGUGAAUAUCUAGUUCAAAUUCCGCAGGGAAGUACAAUUGAGGUGAAAUUCAACAGAUUCCAUCUAGAAUCAAGUGAUUCAUGUAAAUUCGAUUAUCUCACUAUUUUCGAUGGACGAACAUCUGACGAUCCAUCUUUGGGACGGUUUUGCGGAGAGCGAAUACCUGCUCCAUUUUCAACGACUUCUAACUAUCUGUUGAUCAAGUUCCACACAGAUUGGUCCACAUCGCAUGGAGGUUUUUCAUUAAGUUAUAAAGUUCGAUGUGGUGGUAUAUAUUCGGACCCAAAUACAGAAAUCACAAGUCCAGGAUAUCCGAAGGCGUAUACUACCAAUCAGCAAUGUGACUAUACGAUACAGGCACCAGUUGGCAAGGCUAUUUUGCUUGACUUUUCAGACUUUGACAUUGAAGGUAAUACGUAUCCAAACUGUGAUCUAGACUACGUGGAAAUCUACGAUAGUUACGAACCCAGCAACAGCUCAUCCCUUGGACGAUACUGCAGCGCAAAGAUACCGCCGCGAGCUAUCUCGACGCUUAACGUAAUGUUGAUGCGAUUCGUGUCGGAUCUAUCGAUUGGCGGAAGGGGGUUCAAGGCCAACUUCUCUUUCGUGGACGUAGCUUGUGGAGGUGUAAUAACAUCCGAGGAUACCACGAUCCGGUCGCCGUCUAUGUCGGAUCGAGGAAGCUACCUGCCAGACUCGGACUGUCGCUGGGUUAUUGUGGCUCCUAAAACGCAUGCUAUCCAGCUAACAUGGAAUAGUUUUGAGCUGGAGAAAAGCGGUAAUUGUGUGUACGAUUUUGUGGAAAUAUAUGACAAUUCAUCGCAGAUCAAUGCAUUCGUGGGAAGAUACUGUGGGAUGACCAAGCCACCGGCGAUAACCAGCGCAGGCAACAUUGUUACUAUUCGGUUCAAGACCGACAGUUCAAACUCAAAGGAUGGUUUCAGCUUAUCAUUUAUGUUCAUCGAUGUCCAAAAAUUAUGCGGUGGAAACUAUUACACCACUACUGGUGUGAUCAAGUCGCCUGGCUUUCCACAGGAGUACACCUCCAACAAGAUCUGUGAGUGGGUCAUAACCGUUCCCAUGGGGCAGCAGAUACGGUUGAACGUUAAAAGCUUUCUAAUGGAAAAGCACAGCAGUUGUAGAUUUGAUGGAUUAGAAAUUCGUAAUGGUGGAGCGGCCAGUUCUCCCUUGAUUGGCAAGUAUUGUGGAGAGGACGAUUUCGAUGGAAUCAUCUCGUUCAGUAAUAAACUGUAUUUGAAGUUCUAUUCGGACUCAUCCAGAAACUAUGCUGGAUUUGAAAUUGAAUGGGAUGGAACAGCAACAGGUUGUGGAGGUAUUCUGACGUCGUCCAGAGGAUCAAUCAUAUCCCCGCAUUACCCGGAACCUUAUGGUAACAAUGCUCAAUGUAACUGGCGCAUUAGCGUUAGCGCGGGAUCAGCCAUACACAUCGUGUUUACUGAUCUGGACCUCGAAGGUCAUGCCAACUGCAGGUACGACUAUUUGGAUGUUUUUGAUGGACGUGACGUAGCCGGCAAAAGUCUAGGAAGGUUCUGUACGGCUGACACUGACCCUGUUCAGUUGGAUACUUCAACCAAUCACGCAUUCAUCCGAAUGAGAAGCGAUGACACAAACCAAGGUCGUGGAUUCCAUCUUAAAUACAACAUACUGUGUAAACGAAAUGUCACUGGAUUUGGAGGAGUUAUCGAAUCACCAAACUUUCCUAAUAAAUACCCUAGUUCGGCAGACUGCCUUUGGACUAUAAGUGUUCCGCCGGGAAACAAAAUAGACAUUGAAUUUUCUCACUUUGAACUUGAGAAUGGCAUGAUAUUUGAAAAGAACAAUUCUCACGUUUGUCACUUUGAUUAUGUCGAAAUCAGCGAGCCAAACGAUGACCGGUCCAUUGCCCAGAAGUAUUGCAACACCAUGCCGGCCAAGUUGACCUCGAAGGGUUCAGUCAUUCAUGUAGGCUUCCGAACGGAUAACAGUGGUGAAAACAUCGGUUUCAGGUUGGAGUGGCAGCUCAAUGGAUGUGGUGGAGUUCUCGCGAAACCUAGUGGUAUGUUUUCGUCUCCAAACUAUCCUAACGAAUACCCAGUCGAUACUCAGUGCCACUGGACCAUUUCUGUGCCUCCCGGUUACGUCGUUGAGUUGACGGUGUUCAAUUUCAACAUGGAAUCAUCGAGCAAUUGUCGCUACGACGGGUUCUCGGUUUCCAACACAGAAGAUUUCAGUCAAGUGAUUACGGAGUUCUGCCACAGCCAAAAAGAGCCAGUUAAACUAACCAGCGCAGGGCACAUGCUGUUUGUAAAGUUCUUCAGUGAUAGCACUUAUACUUAUAAGGGAUUCACAGCAUCCUACCGAAUGAUUCCAGCAAAAUGCGGUGGAGUUUUAUCUGCCCAUCAAGGUUUUCUAUACUCACCAAAUUACCCGAAAAACUAUCCAAGUAAUCAGUCUUGUGAAUGGACGAUACAGACAAAUCCGGGGUACACGCUUCAGUUCCACAUUGAAGAUAUUGGCCUGGAAAAGUCACCGAACUGCACCAAAGAUUACGUCCAAGUAUACGAUGGGUCCGUACGCGAGACUAGUAAACUACUAAUAUACAUUUGCGAUAGCGAUACCAACACUACUUCUGCACAAUCAAGUGGAAAUCAACUGUUAGUAGUUUUCCAAUCUAACGAGUUAUACGAAGCUAAAGGUUUUCGGGCUAAUUAUACAACGAACUGUGGAUCCCGGAUCAAUGUCACACAACCCGGUAUAAUAUCAUUAGAAAAUACAUUUAAAAUAAAAUCGGAGAAUUGCACUUGGGUUCUCACAGCGCAAGGAUUAACGCAGCAUAUAACCCUUCAAGUGAUGCACAUGAACGUGGUAGAGGUUGAUGGCAAUUGUUUAGCGAAUCUUACGAUCCAUGACGGCGAUGAUACAUCUUCUCCCGUACGAUAUACUGGUUGUGGCAGCAGAGUUCCCCCAGCGAUAGUUAGUAAUGGAAAUUCACUGACUGUUCACCUUACUUCCGACGAUUUUAAUCUGUAUAAUAUGUUGGGCAUCCAAUUCGUUGCGAGUUAUACCGUGUUGGAUAAUGCAUGUGGUGGCGAUCUCACAUCUUUCGCGGGAGAAUUCGCCUCACCAAACUAUCCAAAUUCUUACCCGAAGAACGUGGAAUGUACCUGGCAGCUAACGGCAUCGCCCGGUAAUUCAUUGCGCCUCUACAUUCAGUCGCUGAAUAUUCUUGAGACGGACAAUUGCAAUACUGACUAUCUGGAGGUGCGAGAAGGUUCCGGCAGUGGAAAGCUGAUUGGGGAUUACUGCGGAGAUAAUCCAAUGUUGAACUUGACUUCAUCCAACAGUUUCUGGAUCAAGUUUAAAACAAGCAACCAAAGUGUGGCCAAGGGUUUCCUUGCGGAGUAUUCGUAUGAUCACUUCAACGAAAUCACUGGCCGAACCGGAGUAGUUACAUCUCCUAUGUACCCGCGUGAUUAUGCUAGAAAUGAAGUGCAUACAUGGAGAAUCAUUGUCGACGUGGGAUCAAUAAUUUCUAUGAAAUUUAAAGCUUUUGAGAUAGAUGCUAAAUAUCUGGAUACUUGUGAAGGGCAGCUGGAGAUUUAUGACGGUUACGAUGACUCGGCCGAACCACUUAAGGAAGAACUUUGUGGUCUAACCCCACCGGAACCAUUCAAGUCCACAUCCAAUGUAGUGUUUAUUCGUUUAGACCACACGGAUGCCAGUGGACCGUCAAAGUUCCUGCUCAACUGGGAACAAAUUGGAAAGGAGGAGAAAUCCACGGUUUCAACCACGACUAGUGUCGAUGAACAAUUCUGCGGUGGUCAUCAAGUGAUUGUGCUUUCCGAAAAUGUCACAAGCUAUAAUCUCACCUCACCGGGAUAUCCCGAGGGUUAUCGAGCACACUUGAACUGUAGUUGGAUUUUUCAAUCGGCCGUUUCGACCCAUCAUCCCGUCCUUCAGCUCAACUACGUCGAUUUGGAAGAAACAGACGCGUGCAUGUCAGACUAUCUGGAGAUUUCCACAUCAACAGAUAUGAUUACAUGGUUCGGUGCAGAAAAAAUAUGUAUGUUCGGCUUCAAGGUGAAAACGGCAUUCGAUGGAAAACCUUUUCUUAAAGUCGACUUUCGAACAGAUUACUUCAAUAAUCGAACUGGGUUUACCGGUGUUGUUUCGCUACGAUGCGGAGGGGUGAUUACUGAACCGAAUGGGAUAAUUUCAGUGUCCUCGGUAGCUAGUACGCAACAGUCUAUCAAUCGCGUACUCGAUUUCAUGUGUCUAUGGAACAUCACAGUCCGACCGGGACGUAUAAUUGAGUUCCGCUUCAUAUCGAUUUCAAUCGUAAAGACGCCGAAUGAAGGGUGCGCCGGUUAUGUUUCUAUCAAGAACGGAAUCGAUGAAUAUUCACCGCUUUUAGGUUCAUUUUGUGGUACUGAAGUACCGGCAAUGGUGAAUACCUCGAGCAAUAGGGGUUUCGUGAAAUACCAUAGCGGACAUGUAAUUACUAACGAAUUCAAACUAGCUUACCGAGAGAUUGGUAUGCAGUGCGGAGGUAGGAUUGUCCUGCAGAAAACCAAUUCCACGAUCAUCACGACACCGAACUUUCCUGAGGUACCUCACCCACAUAGUGAGUGUAUCUGGACAAUUUUGGCGCCAUCUGGUGAAACAAUGAAGUUUGAAUUCGAGCGAUUCAGUUUGAAGUACUCGGCGGGUUGUUCGAAUGAAUAUGUUGAACUGCGAGACGGUGGUACUUCUAGCUCCAGUUUGCUGAUAAAGGUUUGCGGAUCCGAUACUGUGCCGUCGCGGCUUACAACUUCUAAUAUGUUGAGAAUCCGCUAUUUCACUGAUAAUUCCGAUCCAGGAAAUGGAUUCAAGCUGAAGGUAUCGCUUGCUCAGUGCGGUGGAUCUAUUCACAGCGAAAGAGGUACCAUACAAUCCAAGAACUACCCGAUAAUCGGAGCAUAUCCUUCCAACACGGUAUGCGAGUACUAUAUACACAGCAAGUUAAAUACGGUUUUGAACAUAACGUUCCAAGAUCUCAAUUUGCCGGGUAAUACAAACUGUACGAACGUUGACAACAUCAGAAUCUAUUCGGUUGUGCAAGCAGAAAAUUCAACCGAUUUAGAUCAUGGCACUUUCUGUGGCUCUCAACUUCCCCCGGCUAUUCAAAGUAUUCAUAAUCAUGUGAAAAUUGUAUUUACUACGUUCAAUCCAAAUACCAUCUAUCGUGGUUUUAAGUUGUCAUAUAUUGCUACUGAAAAUCAGUGCGGAUAUGAAAUUAAUGCUGCUUCUGGUGACAUUACGAGUCCGGGAUAUCCAGAUAACAGUUUGCGAUUCAAAAGAUUCUGCGAGUGGAGAAUAACCGUUCCUGAAGGUCGCAGAGUAAAAGUUGAGUUCAUCGAUUUGGAUCUUUCCUCGGUUAGUGCCAGCUAUCUACAGCGGCUUGGAUUCUAUCACGGUUUUGAUUACUCUUCUCGUAUCAAGUUCGUUAUGGGAGGAUACAACAAGGAACCUAUAUACUCCAGUAGCAACACCAUGAUGGUGAAUAUCUGGUCUCGUGUAGCUUCAGGAAACAGAGGGUUCAAAAUUCAUUUCAGCAGCGACGAGCCAACGAUUUGUGUUGGUAAUUUGGACGGAAACCAAGGAACGAUUGCUACACCUAUUAAUCAGACUAGCUACACCUGCGAAUACAAAAGAUCAACGGGAGUAUAUUUUGAAGCUUUUGGUCGGAAAGUUGGAACGAUGGCGUUGCGUUUCACUGACAUGCAAGCUGGACUCUACCGAAGUGCAUGUACGCUGAACACUAGAGGUAUCUUUGUCAAGCGUAGGUCAAGUGUUGGUGAUAAUAUGGCAUAUUUGAAGAAGUAUUGCGGCAACGGAACGACUUCCGACUUGCUCAGAUCGCCUUUCCCGGACGUUUCUAUCUUAGCUCGACAAGGUAUUUUCCUUGGAGAAGUUCAGUUCAAGCUACAAUAUCAACUCAACGAUUGUGGUGGUAUGUUUGGAAGUGAAUUGGUAAAUAUCUCGCGGCCUAAACUAAUGAAUGUUAACGGUCCACUGGAUUGUGCGUGGUACGUAGACUAUCCGGAGAAUUCUUUAAUCAAUAUUGAAUUCGCAAGCUUUAGUUUUAAUCAGUCAUGCGACGAGGAGUAUCUGCUGAUAUACAAUGGUCCAACCAUGAACAGCCCACUUUUGGGACGCUUCUGCAAGGGUACUGGAAUUGAAUUGAUUGCAACUCAAGGCCGAUACGCAUUGGUAGAGUAUCAUUCAGAAAACUACAAUUCUAGCGGGAACUUUGAGCUUAAACUAGCUCAAAUGGUAUCUGGAUGCGGUGGAACGUUGCAUAAAAACUCUGAUGUUUUUGGAUCGCCAAAUGUCAACGGCAAAUAUCAACCAAACACUGAGUGCAUCUGGACAAUUCGUGCUGACAAUGGAUAUCAUAUAGGAAUAAUCUUUAUCGGAAGGUACAAUUUGGAGAAGAGUGUGAAUUGCACAAAAGAUUAUGUAGAGUUCUUUGACCGCAUUGGAAACGAUUGGGUCUCUUUGGGACGUGCAUGCGGCAAAGAAGCACCGAAAUCAUUCAAUUCCACCGGCUCGUCAAUGAGAGUGAUUUUCCGUUCUGAUGCAAAUGUUGAAGGAGAUGGAUUCACCGUCAGAUGGGAACAGAACUGUGGGGGCAUUUACAAUGUUGAUCAAGCAGGAGGUGUCAUGACCAGUCCUAAUUAUCCUAUGAAUUACAAUCGUCUGAUGACUUGUAAUUACACUUUCGUUACUAAUGAAAAAGAUGCGUUUAUAAAACUAAACUUUUUGGACUUUUCGCUAGAAGAUGGACCGCAAACGUCGAUCUGCAUUUACGACAACAUAACGAUUUUCAAACAAAUGGAAUACUAUGAACCUUUCCAAUGGGAAAAAGUGAGAACAUACUGUAAACAAGAUUCUCCAGGACGCGUAAGGUUUAAGAAUCGAGUGGCUGUUAUAUUUAGAUCUGAUCGUUGGUUAGAAUCUCGUGGAUUUAAAUUCGAGUAUCAGUUGGACAAAUGUGGUGGGCUAAUAACAGGAUCAACCCGAAUCGAAAGCCCAGAAGCUGCAAUAAACAAUGGUUACGGAAAUCCGGUGACUUGCGUGUGGAAUAUAACGAUUCCGCAAGCGAAAAAAGUUGUUGUUCGGUUCGAAGACUUCGAGAUUGAACAUUCUGACGGGUGUUACUUUGAAAGUGUAGAGGUGUACAAAGGCCUCGAUCGAUCGUCCGAUCAAAAGCUAGCUGCUCUUUGUGGAAAUUUGACAGCUCAUGCACCUGCGGUCAGCAUCAAAGGCAGUCACGGUGCUAUAUACUACAAAUCGGAGCAGUUUUCAAGUGGACAUCGGGGUUUUUCUGCACUAGUUAUAUUCGCGGAUGACUGCGAUCACGAGAUAACACUAGAUCGUAAUGCACGAAUCUACAAUUUAAACGCAUUGGGUAGUAAUAACAACAAACUUCAGGACUGUCAGUACAUAUUCAAGGCACCCGCUGGAUUCAGCAUACAGUUAUCAUUUGAUCAAUUCCAUAUGGGAACCAAAAGAAAUGUAACAGUCUGCAAUGAUAACUUUGUCGAAAUACGGGAUGGCUCGGGGCCGUUUUCUGAGCUGAUCGGAAAGUAUUGCAACCAUACGAUUCCACCGACCGCAAAUACUUUCAGUUCUUCAAUGUUUGUACGAAUGGUUACCGAUACGUCACUGCAGGGAACGGCGUUUGAAGCGACCGUUUCACUUGUGGAGUCCUCGUGUGGUGCAGGCUAUCAUAACUUGUCUGACGGCCAUGUUGAGAUACUGAAGAGUCCAAACUACGACGUUGGUAAUUACCCACCCAAUACCAGGUGUUUGUGGUUGCUGGAAGUACCGCUCGGUAAAACGAUUAACAUUGAGUUCCUGGAUCUACGGCUGCAAGACUACAGCGAUGAACAAGAGAUAUGCCCAGAUCGAGUGGAAUUCUUUGACGCAAAUGUUAAAUCAUUUAUAUACGAGGGUCUUGGAGAAGACGUGGUGUUCCGCAGCAAGCCUUCUCAUGGCAUGAAAUCAUCUUUCUAUCACGGUACCCGCAAUCCCAACGCACACCACAUCUACUGUGGCAACACUAACCUGCCGGCGACAUACCAUUCUUCCGCUAAUAAACUGUAUGUGAAAUUCGAGAGCGAUACCUCGAUCGAGAACAAAGGCUUUCGCUUGAGCGUGCAGCAGAGUCGGUUUUGCAGUCAGAACUUUACCAGAAUGCAGGGACGCAUUAAUAUAAAUUAUCUAGCCAGGACUGAACCAUGCACUAUAACGAUUGUGGUUCCGAAAAAUUACACGAUUUCUCUAUACAUUGGAAUGUUCUACACUUACGCAACCAACUGUGACGAGGAAGGAGUUCGUGUCUUCGACGGAUUGAGCAAGGAUAAACAGCUCGCCAUGAUGUGUAACUAUGGUACUCCAAAUCCUAUUUUCUCGACUGGAAAUUCAAUAAGCAUUGACGUUCCACAAUCAAAGACCGAAUAUGUUACAACGGUAUUUGAUGCAACGUAUGUGGCAACGGAUCAAGGUCGAGGAUGUGGGGGAGAAAUUUUCAACUACGGAGGUUUCUUCAGCAGCCCGUUAUAUCCUAACAAUAAUCGAACGAGAAUGGAAUGUACUUGGACGGUUACGGUGCCAGUUAAUAUGUAUAUUGCCCUUAAAUUUGACGUGUUUGACAUGGGCAGUAAGACGACGUGUAGUACUGAUUAUUUGCAGUUGAUAGUGGUCAAGGGCGAAGAAAGAAGAUCAGUCCGGCAGCACUGUGGUGGUGAUACUCCAGCUGUUUUCAUUAGCGACAGCAACGUGAUGCAAGUGGUUUACAAGCAGACUCAAAAUUUUGGCGGUACAGGUUGGCAAGCAAAGUUCAUGGCGAUCGUGAAGGGAGCUCAAGUUAAUGAUUUUUAGCUAGUUUCCAUUUGUAUAUCUUAUUAAAUUAUUGUAUUUAUUUUCUUAAUAUUUAAACAAAAAACAACUGAUUAUCG